AUGGACACGCUCGCCAAGGAGCAGGCGGAUCGCAAGCCGGCGGAACCAGACGGAGUGCUGUUCCGGCGACGGCUGACAUUGACACGACGGCCUUCAGAAUCUUUCUCGGAUACGCCACUCUCUGGACUGAACGAAGACGCUGUUGAAAUGGAGGACAGCGUGACUGAAUUUCCGACAGUAUCAACGCCUUUCAAGCCCGGACAAUCCCUCUCUGAGCGGACAAUGGAAACGUUGGCCAACAUUCCUUCUUCUCCAGCUGUGAGCAGGAAACCGUCAGCUUUUUUCGAGCGAAAUCGCUCGCGAUCCAGGGCAGGUAGCACCGCAUCGAGACCGGGGUCGAGCUACAACUCAGACGGCUCCAAUCGACCACCGAGCGCUGCCAGUCGGCCCGGGUCACGUCUUGGCUAUCAACAAGAGCCCAACUUCCGAGGGUCGACCUCAACAUACCACGCACCGCUCUCCACCCUUGAUGGCACGCCACGGGCUAGGUCUUCAGGUCUGCAAACACCAAAAACGCCCGUACUGCGCAAGACUACGUCAAGAGCCUCCUUGGGAUCAACUUCAAAGCUGCCCCAGACUGGCGCGACCACAACCACGAACUCUACGCCAACUACCGCCAGGAAGAAUUAUGGCAUGUUGCCUCCCAAGACAGGUGCCAAGACCGUGGCCAGUCGGCCGCUGAAGCCCAAACCAUCUGCAGGCUCCCUAUACAGAAAGCCUUCUUUACCAGCCAUUGAUUUGGGAGCGGCUAACAGCAAGGUCAGCCCAGAUGAGAGCGAGAAAGCGAGCUCGGCUCGCAAGUCAUCAGCUGCACUAAGAGAUCAAAUCGCGAAAGCAAAGGCUGCAAAACGGGAGGCUAUGAGACAGUCCAUCUCGGCGCAGGCUCUGGAGGCUCAGACAGAAGAACCAAUUGUGCCCAGUGACGAUGGGUUCGACUUUGGUGUCGCACACGAAGACCCCUUCAAUCUAAAAAAGGGCGAGACCGCGUCUCAGAGGGUCUUGCAACAGAGAAUCGGUGCCGCAAGGAGCACAGGCCGCUUGAACAUCGCCGCCUUGAGUCUAAAGGAGAUUCCCGUGGAGGUGAUGAAAAUGUACGACCUUGAAAGCGUUGGCGCCAGUGGCGGUAACUGGGCUGAAAGUGUUGAUUUGACACGCUUCGUGGCGGCGGACAAUGAGUUUGAAAAGCUUGACGAUUUCAUCUUCCCCGACUCCGACCCCAGCAGCUUCGCCAGCGAGGAGGAUAGCGCAGGAAGCAUGUUCGGAGGGCUUGAAACAAUGGACCUCCAUGGCAAUCUCUUGGUCAACGUUCCCCUCGGGUUCAGGCGACUGGCGAAUCUGACAUCACUGAACUUGUCUUCCAAUCGCCUCCAAAACAAUUGCCUCGACACGAUUGCUCAAAUGACAUCCCUGAGAGAUCUCAAGCUGGCCAAGAACCUGUUCUACGGGCCUUUGGCGCCCGAAUUAAGCAACCUCACAUCUUUGGAGAUACUAGACAUGCACGGUAACAACGUGUCUGCGCUGCCUCGAGGCCUCGAGAAGAUGACCCGACUGCGAAUAUUGAACCUGAGCGAAAACAGCAUCGAGUCCCUCUCGUUCAGUCAGCUGGCCCAGUUGCCGUUGACCGAACUUCUCCUGCGCAAGAACAAGCUCGCGGGCACCCUCAUUGAGGAUCCUGUGGAUAGACUACCCCAGCUGCAGACAUUAGAUGCAUCCGUGAACCAGCUGACCCGGUUGGUACCCCUGGGCGCCGCGAUCGAUCUGCCGGUAUUGCACGCACUGUCCCUGUCCGCCAACCGUUUGCAAGGCUUGCCAGACAUGACCACGUGGACAAAUUUGCUCACAUUGACGGUCGAUGAGAACAGCAUUUCGGGGAUACCCAAUAGUUUCACAACGCUCGAAAAGCUUCGACAUGCUGAUUUCUCUGGUAACGAUAUCCGGGUCGUACCGCCUGAAAUUGCUCGCAUGGACAACUUGACCAUGAUCCGACUCAGCGGCAACCCUCUGCGGGACAAGAAGUUCGUGUCACUCGCCACGGAUGAGCUCAAGGAUGCUUUGGCAGCCAGGCUGGAACCGCCGCCUCCAUACCCACACCAAGAGGCUGAUUCUGAUGUUCCGCCUGGCGUGCCUGGCUUCCUGGCCGACGCAAAGGCCGAAAUGCGGGCUCAGGAAAGGUUGGAACAGCGAGACGCAAGAUAUGGCGACGAGGACGAGGACAGCCUCGACGAUAACUUUGCUACGCCCCCGACCUCAGCGCCUCAUUCUCCAGCACGGUCCCGGUCGCAGACGGUAUCGAGCCUACGCUCGCGCUCACGUACGCUGUCCAAGGAGGUCUGGCCUGUCAAGUCGGGGGGCGUCCUCGAUCGGUCCAGGACCGACUCGUCAUCGCUCCAACCAGUUGUUUGCUCCAAAGUGGCAGCCGAGCACCGGAUCAAACAAGUCAUGCUGCACUACAACCUUUUUACUUCCUUGCCGGAUUCUUUGAGCUUCUUUGCCGAAACACUGUCGAUCCUGUCUCUCUCAAACAAUCAGUUUGUUGGAGAGACCUACCUGGCGGAGAGCAUAGACUUUCCGGCGCUGAGGGAGUUGAACCUGGCCUCUAACCGCAUCACGGGGCUCGAGCCAUUGGUGCGACAUUUGAACGCACCUCAACUGGAGAAGCUUGAUGUUUGUCUGAACAGGGUCAAUGGGCUACCAAAGACACUGACUGGAGCUUUCCCUUUGUUAAAAGUACUCCUGGCUUCCAACAAUCAAAUCACUGACCUGGAGCCGGAGACAAUCAAGGGGCUCAGGAUUGUCGAUGUUUCCAGCAACGAUAUUUCACGGCUCAACCCUCGCCUUGGUCUCCUCGGGGGUUCUGGGGGUCUGGAGAAGCUCGAUGUCAUGGGCAAUCGGUUCAAAGUCCCUCGAUGGAAUGUGCUCGAGCGAGGCACCGAGUCGACCCUGAGGUGGCUUCGCGGCCGCGUCCCUCUUGCGGAGAAGGCUGAAUGGAAAGGGGACGAUGGCGAUGAAGCCUCAAGCGACGUCGAAUAA